AUGCGUUUACCUUUACUUUAUGGGGUAAUUUGCCUGCUCGCUAUUAGUUGCAAUAUAUGGGCGGUCCAACGCGAAGAGCACGAUAGGCCUACAGUAGGACCAUCUACAAACAUUGAGUUAGCAAGUAUGGGCAUGGAGCCACCCGCCCAUUCCCAGCCACAAUUGGAGACAAAUGGACGAGAAUCAGAUUCAUUAAGCCAAUUCUCACUACCCGAGUUUAGUACAUACAUAUUGAUGGCCGACAUCAAACUUGACCAAGUUCAAACAGUUCUCGAGAAUCUCAACCAACAAACCCAAAUAGAACAACCAAUCAAGCCCGAGGAAGUUCAGCAACUUCUCGAUGCCUUGAACAUAUUUUAUAAACCCAGAGAACACCUAACAGAUCAAGGAAAACUGAUACCAGGCACAGACGCUCGCAAAAAUCAAACCCACGAGAUAAAUAACCUCCUUUUACCAUUCACGGCUCAAAACAUCCUGCGGCUUCUUUAUCUCAAUAGCGCCCUUUUCCCAAAUACUUCUACGCUCGUUGAGAAAAAAGAGCUCUUCUACAACUCAUUGCAGAUAUGGAUGACCCAGCACGUGGAGAGUGAUAUUACUCACCUCCGGCACUUUCUCAGCUACCUACAUUGGCUUUGGCAGGUCGCAUCACUAUGUCCUGAGCAUUGCACCACCAAAGUCAACCCAUCUCUCAUACAGUUUACUAAACCUGAGAUCAUUGAUGCGAUGGACUUAAUCAAGACCCUUGCGUCCAGUCUACACCCUAUAUCGCUCGUGUGCAGCAUGUACGAUACAACCAUCGAUGUUGUGAAAACCCAUCGCUCUAAUGACGUCAACCCAUACAGCUUAGAAUUAGCUGCCAACGACAUUGGCAUUUCGGAUACUACCUCUUUCAUUGAUCUAGAAAGCGCACCCGGCGCAUCCUAUUCUAAGCUUAGACAGCUUUGUGAAGUCUCUAAGCAACCAGAUCUUACCAUUAUUCUUUUAAACCACUCAGCUAUAGACCCCGCCCACUUAAUUAAGAGGCAAUUAGGAUAUCUCAUUCCAAACACCACUAUUACUCUCGUCCUUAACAACCAAAAACUAACUCCAUUUGACUCGACUGCUAAAGCACGUUUAUUCGAUACAAGAGAAAGCCCGGUCAUGGCCGGUUCAAAGAUUCUUGACGGAUUUAUAUCAGCAGACGAGAGGCGGUUAUCUAAGCUGGCGUGGAUAGGCGGUGUUUAUGUCACAGCGACGUUAAACUAUAUAAUUUCAAUUGCUUUGCUAUGCGCUGGCAUUUCAAUUAUCUCGGCUAUUCUGAUUAUUCCAACGGCCAUGGCUUUCUUUUUAUUCCCUGAGUUCCGCCACGCCACUCUGGCGCAUAUUCUUCUGUCCAUUGGCUUUGUCGCAAUGUUCGUUAUCAAUGGCGUUGUGAUAGCCGCGGCUGCCAAGGAAAUUGCCGCUAGCAAGGAAGUAGUGAUUUAUUGGGCAAUAUUAGUUCCGAUCGUCAUCAUGGCGGCCGUUAGUUCAAUAUCCUCACGACAAGCAGGUGUUCGGAUUCGGCCAACAACCCAAACUCUUCUUUUCUGCAUACAAGCCUUGGUUUCCAUUGCUGCCAUUUUCAUUCUACUCAUAUCUCCUAACAAUCUUGGACAAACACUCCACAACUACCACAUGAUCUUCUUCCUAGCCCUCUCUUUAUACUUCCUUUCAGCUAUCAAGGUCCGUAGUCAUUACACGCCAAAACGAGCUCGUUUCUUCUCACAGUUAAACCUAGCUGUAUUUGCUGUUGCGGCCAUUUCCAUCCUUUCUUUAGUCGUUAUCGCUGGUAUUAAUGGAUACUUCAACAACUAUGCCAACCAAAUUGGCGCUCUUCUCAAGCAAGAUCCUUAA